CCGGUCGGCCUGAGCUCCGUGUCGGCUGAGGGGAGCGCGAGGCUGCCGCCGCCCGCCGGUAGCCCGAGGAGCCGCGGCCAGGUUGCAGGACCAGCACGUGCUUCUGAGAGUUGAAGAGAUUCCUACUGCUGUGAUCAAUUUAGAAGAGGGUCUCCCAACCACUGUUAACAAAUAGAAUCCAUCUUCUGUGAAUCGGAGUCGGAAUUCCCUUCUCACAAAUAUUUUUUUCUCUUCCACAUUUCUAAAUGGUUUAAUCCUCCUCAGGUCCAUACAGACAUUAGCUAUCUUCCUUGCUCUCCAGAUAGAAGCCAUCUACGCCAGUCAAGAAACCAGCAAAAGUAUUUCACAAUGGAUAUAGAUGAUGAAGAAAAUAUGAGUUCAAGCAGCACUGAUGUUAAAGAAAACCGCAACAUGGACAACGUUCCACCUAAGGAUGGCAGUGUGCAAAAUACCGGGGAGGGGUCUCAACUCUCCAAUGGUGGUGGUAGCAGCAGCAGAAAACGCCCAUUGGAGGAGGGCAGCAAUGGACACUCCAAGUUCCGCCCUAAGAAGAGGAAGAAAACACCAGGGCCUGUUUUGCCAAAGAAUGCUCUGAUGCAACUGAAUGAAAUUAAGCCUGGUUUACAGUACAAGCUUCUAUCCCAAACAGGACCAGUUCAUGCCCCUAUUUUUGUGAUGGCAGUUGAAGUUAAUGGACAGGUGUUCGAGGGAUCUGGCCCUACAAAAAAGAAGGCAAAGCUUCAUGCUGCUGAAAAGGCUUUGAGAUCUUUUGUUCAGUUUCCAAAUGCAUCUGAAGCACAUCUAGCAAUGGGGAGAACACUGUCUGUAAACACAGACUUUACAUCUGACCAAGCAGACUUUCCAGACACACUUUUCAAUGGAUUUGAAACACCAGUUCAGACUGACAAUUCCUUUUAUUUGGGGUCCAAUGGAGAUGGAUCCUAUAGCUCCAGUAUAGACUACAGUCUGUCCUCAUCCACUGUUGCUGGUAGUCUUAUCCAGUCCCCUCUGCCCACACCAUCACCAUACCCAUCCACCAGUGGAAAGAACCCUGUGAUGAUUCUGAACGAGCUGCGGCCAGGGUUGAAGUAUGAGUUUCUCUCAGAGAGUGGAGAAAGCCAUGCGAAGAACUUUGUGAUGGCAGUGGCAGUGGAUGGUCAAACUUUUGAAGGAUCAGGAAGGAACAAAAAGCUUGCAAAGGCUCGGGCUGCUCAGUCAGCUCUUGCAUCCUUAUUUAACAUGCAGCUGGAUCAGACACCAUCUCGCCAGCCCAUUCCCAGCGAGGGUCUCCAGUUACAUUUACCACAGGUUUUAGCUGAUGCUGUUGCACGCUUGGUUGUGGAUAAAUUCAGUGAUCUGACUGAUAAUUUCACAUCUCCCCAUGCACGUAGAAAAGUUCUUGCUGGAAUUGUCAUGACAACAGGUACAGAUGUGAAGGAUGCCCAGGUUAUAAGUGUUUCCACAGGGACAAAAUGCAUAAAUGGAGAAUACAUGAGUGACCGUGGUCUUGCAUUAAACGAUUGCCAUGCAGAAAUUAUAUCUCGCAGGUGCCUGCUUAAAUUUCUUUACACACAACUUGAGCUGUUUGUAAGUAAUAAAGAAGAUCAACAAAAAUCCAUCUUUAUCAAGUCUGAACGAGGCGGAUUUAAACUGAAAGAAAAUGUGCAAUUUCAUCUCUAUAUCAGCACCUCUCCAUGUGGAGAUGCUAGGAUUUUCUCACCACAUGAAGCAGCACAAGAGGAUCAGGGAGACAGACAUCCAAACCGUAAAGCAAGGGGACAGCUACGGACAAAAAUAGAAUCUGGAGAAGGGACAAUUCCAGUCCGAUCUACUACUACCAUCCAGACGUGGGAUGGAGUGUUACAGGGAGAGAGACUGCUUACUAUGUCUUGCAGUGACAAGAUAGCUAGGUGGAACGUGUUGGGUAUUCAAGGAUCCUUACUUAGCCUCUUCGUGGAGCCAGUUUACUUCUCUAGCAUCAUCUUGGGGAGUUUAUAUCAUGGGGACCAUCUAUCCAGAGCAGUAUACCAGCGGAUAGCAGAGAUAGAAGAUCUACCACCUCUGUAUACGCUCAACAGACCUUUACUUAGUGGUAUUAGCAAUGCAGAAGCCCGCCAACCGGGAAAAGCACCUAAUUUCAGUGUAAACUGGACAGUAGGAGACACUGGUCUUGAAGUUAUUAAUGCCACAACUGGCAAGGAUGAGAUGGGUCGUGCAUCUCGCCUUUGUAAGCACGCUUUGUACAGUCGCUGGAUGCGUAUUCAUGCAAAGCUUUCCUCUAGCCUGCGCGCAAAGAUCCUCAAACCGAACCUCUACCAUGACACUAAGCAGGUGGCCACUAAGUAUCAAACUGCCAAAGAGUGUUUGUUUAAAGCGUUCCUGAAGGCAGGGCUUGGAGCAUGGGUGGAGAAACCAGUAGAGCAGGAUCAGUUUUCUCUCACUGUCUAAUUCAUGGACUGCGCGUCACUUUGGAACAGGAAGUCAUUCUGGAAAUCCUGGCAUCCAGCAUCAUUUUCUGGCAUCAGCUGUCAAAGCAUCAUUUUGACACUUUGAAACUAACUAGCAAAUUGAUGUCAUGUUUUGCUCAAAUAUUGGAAGUCAAUGAUAAGUUGCUACAAUAAUUCUAUAUUUUGUUAUAAAAAUCAUUUUGGUUUACUUCUCUAGAAAAUCCUUUUACUGUAGAAAAAGAAUUCAGUAAGGCUGUCUUUAACAGUACCAGAUGACUCAUAUUUUUCUGGGUUAGAAAUAAUUCCCUUUUUUAAUGCAAUAUAAGCAAGUGCAUGAAAACAUGUAGAUUGCAUUAGGUUUACACUGCAGUUUUUUUAGUCUGUAGCUUAAUUUAAUCAAAAAAGCUACAAAGUUAAUUUCUGCUCUUCUGUUAGCUUGUUUUUUUUAAUUGCAGAGCAUAUAGGUGACAAAGCCAGAAUGGAUUUUGGACAGCUAGCUUUUCCCAUCUUCCUUGCUCUUUAAAACCAGCUGCUGAAAACUUUAUGUCUUUGAUGUACGUAUUUAUUAGUCUGUGAUCUGGUUUUUAACAUACAGCUUUUUAUUCUGUUUUUUAAAAUACCUUUACCUCCCAUUUACAUGCAUUGUAAAGUCAUCAUUUUGUACCACUGUAAACUGGAAACAAAAAAUAAGUAUUUGUAAAGUUAAGAAAUUGAGUCUGUAGUGUACAAAACCUGUUUAGAAGUAGGCAAUUUGUAUAUCCCAGAACUCAUGCAAACCCCACCGUAACCUUAACAGUAAUGUGGCAACUUCAAAAAACACAGUUGUUCAUUUUGGGGAAAUAAUUCUGAUUUGCCAAAAAUAACCCAUUCAUAGAAUAUUAAUUACAGGUUUUCUCAAAGAAAUGAGAGGCCUGCUAAGGAUGAAAGAAUUGUUAAACUUCUUUCUUGUGGUCUUCAGAGACUUAACCGCUGGACUCCCCUGAAGAUCGUAUUGCCUGUAGCUUCACAUACUUGAUGACCUAGAAAAGUCUUAAUUCUAAGUUUUGUUUGGUCUAGUAUAUAUUUAGAAUGGUGUUUUAUUCAUAAAAGCUCUUUUACGUUAAAAUUUUCACAUAUGCUAGAUGUAAAAAUGAAAAAUAGCAGGGAAAAUACUGCCAGGUCUGUUAAGUCAAUGGGUACAUAGACAGCACUUUUAGAACAAUUUAUAAGCGAAAUGGAAGUUAGACAAUGGAUUGGAGAAAUCCUCUUUUUCUCAGCAUACCAGGUAUAAUUCUCUAGUUACGUCCAAUAUGUCUAAGUACAUGAUGUGACCUGUGUGUAUCAAAUAUAUUGGGUAUAAAAAUUCUGAAAAACACCUCAAAGUAUUUUUAAGUCCUAUUUUUUAAAAAAUAAAUUUAUAAUAGCAGUAAUACCUCAGCACCAGGCAUUUCCUGGAGAAUAGUGACUCCAUGGGUGUUGUGGAAAGUGAUACAAAAACUCUUUCCAUCCAGUAAUCAAUGCGCCGGAAAUGCCCUGUCCUGCAAUCAUUAUUGCUCAAUUAUAAAUCAAAGUGAAAAAAAUCAUCAAGACUAAAGGUUGCCUGAAUAUUGUACUAAACCUCCUAUUUAGAGUCUUAGUGGCAAUACAUUAAUGUAUAAAAUAAACUCUGGUAGGGGAAAAACAUUCAGAAUGUGUGAAGGCAAGUAAUAUACAUGCUCUUUCAAAUACAAGAUUUACAUUGUAUCUGUCUUUGCAAAUGUCUUUGGCCCUGAACCUGCAAACACUUUUGCAGUUGCUUAAAGUUAAGCACAAGUAGACCCACAGAGCUGCUAAUGUGCUCAAAAUGAAACGUGCAUAAAUUUGCAGGAUUGAAGCCAAAAUGUGGAGAACUGUAAAUUAGAGCAACUUGUGAAUUUUCUAGCUGGUCUAACCACGUGGAUUUUCUUGGAAUUAGUCUUACUAUUAAAUGAAACCUCUGUUUUUAAGGGACUCUCUCCUGAUGAUUUCACUUUGGAAUCUUUAUCUAUUUUUACCAAUCUUUUUAAAUUUCUCAUUCAGAUUCAUUCAGAGCUUUUUUCAGAUUUUAUUUUGAAGUUCAGGCAGUUAUUAGAUGAGAUUAUUUUUUUAUUGAUGAAGUCCUGAAUGUGAGUAAUAUAUUUAAGUAUUAUUGUAGGCAUAAAUUUUAAGACACUCAGAUUUACUAGGAAUAUAUGGAAACUAUAAGUGAGAGUUCCAUGCAGAAUUCUUUUUGAUAAAAGUGCAGCAUUUGAUUGAUAUGAGGAAUAAGUUCUCAUUCAUUAUAGUUUCCAAAUGUUUUCAAAAAUGUUUUCCAGAAUCAUGUGCAACCCAUAUCUGUCAUCUGGGAGCCAGUGGCUUUCCACACACCUGCUUAUUCAUUUUUGUUCAGUAAUAUGUGAAAAUCAGAAGUUGUAGGGGGAAAAAGUGUUCCUCUAAAAGAUUUAUUUGAGAUUGUUAUAUUCAGCUAAAUUCUGCCAUGUCCCUUUUUUUUAUUCUGUGCCCCUUUGUAUUCUUUGUAAUAUUCCUGUAUUCUUUACAGAUCACCAUCACCAAGCAUGUAUGGCUUUUUAUGCAUUUAAUUUUAAAUGAUUGCAGAGGAUAAAGGCAACAUGGCUGCCAACAGCUGUUGAAAUUUGGGGUUGACCUUUCUCUAUCAAGCAUUUAGCUUGGCAUUUAUUUUGAAAGGUUGGAUGGUCUUUUUGAAUAUCUUCAUUAUGCGAUUUAGUGUGUAAUGGUGGUGGUGGCUAAUCUUAGCAAGGAUUUGUUAUGCUAUCCUGGGAGUUCUUGGGUUUUUUUAAGUUGAUAUAAGUGUAUAUCUCAGGUUCGUCACAAAAUUUAAAUGAGUAACAAGUUUAAAGUUAAUAAAUACUUGAAGAAAUAUAAUUUAAGAUGUUUUUCCAAAUUACAUUCUAGCUACAAUAAAAGAUAAUAGGUUAGUAACAUAGAACACUGUAAAUGUAGGGAUUUUAAAAAAAAAAUUCUGUAGGGGUGUGGAAAGGAACUUGGACCUGGAGCUGAAACUUGAAACAUUUGAUUAUGUCCGUGCUCAGGAUUUAAUACCCAAUAGAAUAUGUCCUGUCACUUGCUGAUGAUGAAUCAUCCUAUACAGAGUUCAAGUUAAAAACUGUCUUCACAUUAAUAUGCUAGCUCUUUCCUAUUCCCCACAAAGCUCCCAACCCUUUAAUGUAGUUAGUGAUAGUUAAAUAGUGUGCAACUUAGACAUGUACAACAAUGGGCUCCCUGCACAGGGGACAGUUUUAGUAUCCUCCUCAUGCUAGAUAGUACAAACACACUAUUAUAGAGGUAACACACUAUUAUGGGGUCGCAGCAGAUCUUUAUAUGGUGCCUCUCCUGUGUCAUCAUUAAAACCUAAAGAACUCACGACUGAAAUUUCAGGCACCUUAGAGCUGCGUCACUGGUGUUUUGCUUACCAGUGUGCAUCUCGGAUUUUAAGUAUUUUAUCCACCUAGAAAUAUAAACAAUCUUCCAACUGGGUACCUUGUAUAUACAAAUUAUAAUGCUUUCUGCUGGCGAGGGAGUAAAAUUAUUAGUUGUAGGCUGCUGAUCCCAGCUAACACAGUGUUGUGCACUCAAUUUGCAUGUCUGUAAUGGAAGAGUAAAGGUGAUAUCAUGAAAACUGUUUUCUUUCCCGUCUCUCCCAAAGACAAAUUAUUUUUCACAGGGAGAAAGACUUGAGUCUUGGGACAUUUUGAGUUGAGGUUGCCACAUAACUGAAGUGGAACUUACUUUCUUUUUUUUUUUUUUUUAAAUAACAUGCUGAAGGUUCUCCAUACGCUGAAAAUUAUCUGUUUGCCUUUUGCCAAAGCAAGCUUUUUCACUCCGAGGAGACACUUUCAAGUCUUUGCAUUUUUAUCAUAAUAGAGUGUCUGUUAUAAAAAUCAUCCUGAGGUUUUUUGAACGCGAAGGUGAGCUGUGAUUCAGAUAUGUGAUGGGAAACAAAAUGUUUAAAGUUAUUUAAAACAUAAAAGUGAGCCCACGGAAAUAAAAUGUAUACAAAAUGUAUAAAAUAUAUUAUCCUGUCUCCAAAUUGCUGUGUGGUUUUUGGUUUUGUUUUUUUAAAAACAGGCAGCCUUAUAAAAUAAUGUAUGAUAUCAGCUGAAUUGAAAGUUUUUUGGUGCAAUUUACAAUAAUACUUGGGUACAAUCCCAAUCAGAUAUAGACUGGGCAUGAUGAAAACUGCUGCAUAAGAGUGUGCUAUGGUUUUUAUUUUCUUAUUUAUAUGCAUGUUAAGAAUAUC